AUGACGACUCAAGGAUACCUUGAGCGAUAUCGCCAAUUGAGCGCUCUGGAGCAACAGAAGAAUGAGUUCAUUGAGGAACUUCUCCAGCGCGUUACCGCUUUAGAGAACUCCUUCCAACAAGAGAAACUCGAUCAUGAACGCGAGACCCGUUUUAACCGAGAUAUUCAGCUCCACGAAAUGGAGCUGAUGGACCAGAUAUCGUCAGUCAAGAAUAUGAUGGGCCGAGAGCCGUUUGUUGUUCUUCUGUUAGAUGGCGAGGGAAUUAUGUUCAAGGACGAGUUUUUGCAGCUGGGAGAACAGGGCGGACGCAACGCAGCCAAACAGCUCUGGAAAUCGCUCCAGGGCUAUGUCGUAACGAACCUACCCACGAUCACCGAGCCUAAGAUAAUGACCAAGAUCUAUCUUAACGUGAAAGGAUUGAUGGAAACUUACAAUCGAGGUGGAAUGACAUUGGAAAUAUCCACGAUCAGUGAAUUUAUUCGCGGUUUCAACGAGAGCGCAUCUUUCUUCGAGAUCGUGGAUGUUGGAACAGGCAAAAGCAAGGCACACGAUAAAAUCAAGGAGGCCUUCAAACUCUACCUAUACAAUUGUCACUGCCACCAACUCUUCCUAGGCUGCCCCUCAAAUGAGGAAUAUGCCGGGUCCCUCAGAGAACUGAUCUCCGGUGCGAACUAUAAGGGAAGGGUCUCGCUGGUUGAAGGACUUCCGCUCGAGAAGGAGUUUGAUGAUUUCAGGCAACAGGACUACCGAAUCACCCAGUUCCCAGAUGUCUUCCGAUCUACCAAGAUUGUGCCAAGUGCACCGAGCUGGACUGCUCCAUGGAAGAGUGCAAUUCCAUCACGGACUCUGCUCACUCCUUCGCCAACUCAACAGUACCAGACACCAGCACCAUUGUCGCGAACUUCCACCAGCACCAGUGUGUCAAAUCUGGGCGUUCCGUUGACCACAAUCACCAAUAAACCCGACCCUUCUGAUUUCCAGGUUGUUCGCCCGAAGGUCCCAGGCACAAGUCCUCCUAAGAGUGUGGAGCGAAACAAGUACGGCCAGCGUGUCGAUCGGCUGGACUUCAAAAGUAUUCCUCGUGAUGACCUUAAUAAGUUGAAGAAGCUCAAGCUCUGCAAUUAUCAUUUCCUGCUUGGCGAAUGUCCAAACGAGGAAAGCUGCUAUCAUGACCAUGAUCGCAAAUUGUCCCGCCAAGACCUUCAUAUUUUGUCCGCUAUUGCCCGCAUGACACCCUGUCGCUUCGGUCUGGAAUGUGACGAUGUCGAGUGCAUCUAUGGCCACCGCUGCCCUCAGAGCGAGCCUGGGAAAAAGACUUGCUUCCGAGGCGACAGCUGCCGAUUCGAACCCGUUGCACACGGAAUUGAUACAAACAUCGUCAAAGUGACCAGGAUCUAA